CGCCGGCGCCUCAGUCGAGCGACGUUCGCGGACUGCGUCGUACUUGUUCUCGAGUCUUUCCCGUCAUCGAGCGUCAUCACCGUCGCGUCGACGGGCUUCGUCGUCGUUGUCGCCGUCGUGCUUGCGUUUCCCCAAAGAGGAGUGUCCAUUCUCUCUUUGUUUACGGCGCCAUUACGCGUACCUAUCGUAAGUCUGUGCGAAUCGAUCGGACCGAGGAUGGACCGUUCCUCUUCCGACAACGACCAGUUAUAAAUCGAUCCAGCAUCGAUAUUUAUCUCCUUCUUCCUUGAGCAAUAAAGCCCGACGAUCGUCGAGCAAAAAGGACGAAGCGAGGAAAGCGAAGGGAAGCGCGCAGCAGUCUCGAGAGCUCACAGGGCGUAGGACGAGGCCACCGUAGUCGCCGUCGCCGUCGUAAAAAGAAAGGACGCUUUCGGAUAGAAUGCAGCGAGAGGAAAGGCAACGUCGGCCUGGGAGAACGAGGCGAUGAGAGCUCUGAAUGGAGUCCGAGGAAGCUUCGGAGCCCCCUGGGGCUCGAACAUACGUGCCAUCGUCAGGGCUCGAGCGGGCAGCUCGGCGCGAAAUCUCGACCUGAUUCGCGAAUUCUCUACGCGAACGUGAGCCAAAGAAGAUAAAAGAAAAGGUGGAUAUAUCGCGGUGUUCGAAUCGAUUCGAAUCCGAGUAAAAAUAUAGAGAAUAAGCGGACGGGAUAAGCCUAUUAUACGUAGAUACAUAGAUAGAAAAAUUAACGCAUAAUAAAACGGCCUUAGAAAGUGUUUUCCUUUCGCUGACAACGACGCUGGCUAAGGACGCGGUAAGAAUUGAAUUAAUAUGACGUCGGACGCGUGUACGGAUCUUGUUGUUUCGUUGAUCGAUGAAUACGCAGCCGUGUGGGAACGAGCAAGUCGUAGAGAAGAAAAGCAACGACGCGCCUCGCACCGGAAGAACAGGUAAUGCCUGUAAGAUGUUCGAAUCUCUUUCUCGUAACAAUUGGAAUUUGUCCUCGCGUAACGGGAUCAUAGCGGAGCCGACGUAAGGAGGUUUACGAUUUAAAAGUACUAGUAAAUCGAAUAAAGAACGCACGCGAUAAAGAAAAGAAAAGUAAGAAGGAAGAUGGCAGCGCCGGUGAUAGAGAAGAAGCGAUUCUUUUGUCGCGAGUGGGCGUUCAUGAAACUGUCCCAUUGUUUGGAACAACGGCCCGCAUCGAAGACCUGUGGGGCGUUGAUCGUCGGUGGCCCAGGAAGCGGAAAGACUGCCCUCUGUGCCGAACUGGCAUGGCCCUCGAACGGCUCGAACGCGAGGCAUCAGAGAGCUUUGAAUCGGCGUCUUCUGGCGAGGCACUUUUGCCAAGCCAGAAGCGAGGCGUCUCUUUCGCCAGCCCAGUUCGUUAGAUCUCUGGUGGCACAAUUACUUCAGGCUAGUUCCGACGGUAUUCGUCGCGCGACACCGGACUCCCCGACGACGGUGAACGCGACGAAUCUGACGACGGCGACGGCUGCGACAACGACGGCUGCGACUACGACGACGAACAACCCGACAGCGAACCCGACGGCGGCGACGACGACGACGACGACGACGACGACGACGACGACGGCGAUAGUCUUAACUUCGAAAGAGGCUGUAGCCGAGGCCUAUGCCGAAAAACUGAGAACGGAUCCGGAGAUUCAGGCCGCUUUGGAACCCGACGUCCUCGAUCGUGACCCGGACGACGCGUUGAAGAAGGCGCUGCUCUUCCCUCUUCUGGAGGUGGAACCUCCGAAAAGUUGUCUCUUCCUCCUGGUGGACUCCAUCGACGAGGGUCAAACGCUCAAUCCUCCUCAGACCGGUACCAGAGAUUCGAGAAGAGAGAACGACAACGUCAGUCGUACGAUCGCCGAACUCCUUGCCAACCAUCAUCACCUAUUCCCGCAGUGGCUUCUUCUAGUUUGUACAGCGCGACGUCAGAGCAAGACCAUCUCGCGUAUGUUCACCGGAUUCCGUAAGAUAUCUUUGGACGAUUUGAGAAAGUCUCAGGUGGUCAGGGACGUCCAGCAGUAUAUACUCGAACGUUUGGAUCAAGAGGAUACUCUCAGGUGGGUGGGUGCCGCCUUCGGCAGGCAACACAUUUCUCGCGAUACAGCGGAGAUGCUGAAUCAGCUACACAUCAAAAGCAACGGCUGCUUCUUGUACCUGGAAAAAGUGUUGGACGGUGUGGCCGAGAACUUUAUCGUCCUUCGAGAAGUUCGAGAGAUACCGGGAACGUUAAACGGUCUUUAUCUCUGGUUGUGUCAGAGACUCUUUAGUAGGAAACAGUUUGCCAAGGUGCAACCCCUGUUGAACGUCAUUCUUGCUGCAAAAUUGCCCAUCACGCAAGAGAUACUUUACAAAUGCGUAAGAACGGCGUGCGCCAACAUCACCGUCGAAGACUUCAAUCGUCGCUUGCAUCUUUUACGAAGAGUCAUAUCGGUGUCUCGGGCCGGCGCUUUGAUGCUCUUCCAUCAUAGUUUCGCGGAAUGGCUGUUGGACGUGAAACACUGCACCCAAAAGUAUCUUUGCUCGGCCGUCGAGGGUCACGCCAUGCUGGCGGGCUACUACACGCUUGGUGGACCUGAACUUAACCCAGACGAGAUUUGCGUGUUGGGACAACACCUGCAGCGGGCGAUAACGAACGCGUCGACGAGCUACUGUACUCUCGACGUUCACACCCUUCAAGUGCUCUGGAUGAUGGGUACCGGUGCACCCGUCGAGGAAUGCUACUUGGAUAGUUCGGAGUGCAUAUUAUGGCCGCGGCAAGAAGUUAAACUUUUGAGACUUCUCAUAGACGCGGGCGCUAAAUUAUCGGAAAAGGUCGUCGAGGACGAUGCCAGUAAGGACGCCGUUUCUUCUAGUCAGGUCUCGCAAGACGCGAGCCCCAUGGACGAAUCCCCGAGUGAACCAUUAACCGAGUUACUCGGCGAGAGCGGUGACAUCAAUCAAACGGACUCUUGCGGUAGAACAGUAUUGCACACGCUCGCUGCGGAUGGCAAUGCGUCCUUGUUAGAACUCGCUCUUGCAGCUUGUCCGCAUGCAAAAUUGGAAGGCACCGAUCGUCACGGACAAACGCCACUGAAUUUAGCUGCCAGACACGGUUACGCGGACGUCGUACGGGUUCUUUUAGCCGCAGGCGCGAACGCGGACCAUGCCGAUUGCGAUGGUUGGACUGCCUUGAGAGCCGCCGCAUGGGGUGGGCACACUCAGGUGGUAGAACAGCUCUUGGAGUAUGGCGCGAUGGUCGAUUGUGCCGACUGGGAUCAAAGGACGGCGCUGAGAGCUGCAGCCUGGGGCGGCCACGAAGAUAUCGUGAAGGCUUUGCUGCAGCACGGUGCCGAUGUCAAUAGGACGGACGACGAAGGUAGAACCGCCUUGAUAGCUGCGGCUUACAUGGGUCAUAGCGAGAUAGUGGAACAUCUUCUCGACUUUGGCGCGAAAAUUGAUCAUGCGGACAGCGACGGGAGAACGGCACUGAGCGUUGCAGCCCUGUGCGUUCCAUCCAACCACGGUUAUGCCAAAGUCGUUACGAUACUUUUAGAAAGAGGAGCCGCGGUAGAUCAUCAAGACAAGGAUGGUAUGACGCCGCUAUUGGUGGCUGCCUUCGAAGGUCAUAGAGACGUGUGCGAAUUGCUUCUGGAAUACGAAGCAGACGUGGAUCAUUGCGAUGCGACGGGAAGGACGCCUCUUUGGGCUGCAGCCAGCAUGGGUCACGGAUCAGUCGUUGCUUUGUUAUUAUUCUGGGGCUGUUACGUAGAUAGUAUAGACAACGAAGGUAGAACUGUACUCAGCGUUGCUGCCGCGCAAGGCGAUACGGACGUUGUCAAACAAUUACUCGAUAGAGGCCUCGACGAACAGCACAGAGACAAUUCUGGAUGGACCCCGUUGCAUUACGCAGCCUUCGAAGGUCACAUAGACGUUUGCGAGGCAUUGCUAGAGGCCGGGGCAAAGAUCGACGAAGCCGAUAACGACGGAAAAGGUGCUCUGAUGCUUGCCGCGCAAGAAGGACACGCUACGUUAGUCGAGAGGCUCUUGGUGCACCACGGCGCGCCCAUCGAUCAACACGCUCACGAUGGAAAAACUGCAUUGAGACUCGCGGCCCUAGAGGGACAUUACGACACCGUUAGAAUACUGUUGGGCCACAAAGCGGACGUAAAUGCGAAAGAUGCCGACGGCAGGAGCACUUUGUAUAUUCUUGCUUUGGAAAAUAGAUUAGCGAUGGCACGUUUUCUGUUAGAACACGCACCCGCUGAUGUCGAAGGUAGAGAUUCCGAAGGCAGAACUCCUUUGCAUGUAAGUGCUUGGCAAGGACACGUAGAGAUGGUUGCUUUAUUGUUGACGAAAGGAGGUGCGAGCGUGAACGCGUGUGACAACGAAAACAGAACGCCUCUUCACUCUGCGGCAUGGCAAGGGCAUGCAGCGAUCGUCAGACUACUGUUGGAACACGGGGCAACACCCGACCAUACUUGCAAUCAAGGUGCAACGGCUUUAGGUAUUGCCGCACAAGAAGGACACGAACACUGUGUUCGAGCCCUUCUAAAUCAUGGUGCUGACCCAAGUCAUUCGGACCACUGUGGUAGAAAUGCGAUCAAAGUUGCGGCUAAAAGCGGUCACGAUACGGUAGUAAGAUUACUCGAAGAACAUGCUGCGAAUCAGCGAAGCUUAAAACCUACGAUCAAUGGAGGCGGUGGUGGUAGUAGUAGCGCGACUUCAAUAACAUCAAAUUCGACCGCCGAAACAAAACCCUCCUCGGCGAUCUUAAAUCCUCUUUCAACGCAAUAUAGCCCAGCGGAAUCGCCAGAUUCUACGAAAAGAAGAAGCUGUGUUUCUUUGGGUAAUAAUUCGAGCAACAGCAAGUCGAGCAGCAAUUUGACGGGAAGCACUAAGAGUGAUCAAGGAAAAUUCAAUCAAAACUCUAUGGCCAAUCAAGUGAUUAAGACGCCACUAUCUUUCACCCAACAACUUCAACAAUGUUCAAGAGGAGCUAAAAGUCGACCACUGAGCAAAUUAUUGUCACCCUUAAAAAGUGAACCACAAAGUCCAAUUUACGCAUCACCACCUCACUCUCCGUUAAGCGAUAGUCUUAUACCUUACUCCCCCACAAACACGAGUCCACCUAGUGCACAAAUAGCGGCAAACGUAAUACAGAGUCAACUCGGUGUAUCGUUGUUAACAGGAAAUCAAAACUUACCGUAUAAAUCGCAAAUUGGUGCAUGCAAUCAUCAUACACCUGCAAUUUACGAGCCCAUAAAUAUAAAAACAGAAAUUAUCGAUAAAAAUGACAUAACUAAACCGUUCGAGUUAACGAACGAAAUGUUAGGUUUGAAUAUUGGAAAAGAUAAAAAAAAUAGUAUCGAGGAGAGAAGAACCUGUGCUGAUACACACUUUACUCGAGAUACUCACAUGAGAAUCAUUCUCGGAAACAGUGGAGCUGGCGUUGGUAGGAACGUAAAACAUACAACAGAACAUACACCUGGAAGUAUAAGUAAUAUAAAGCCAAAGCGCAACGGUUUAGUUUCUAAUCCAGCCAUGAGAUUAGUAGCAGGUGUUAGAAAUGGAAUUGAAAAUGCAACGAAUAGAAAUAAACCGAUCACUACACGUGUAAACGGAUUUCAAUGGAAAGCAGAAGCUCGUAAAGAAACUCCUUUGUAGGGAAAGGUUGCGCAAAAACCAACACCUCGAAGGAACUCUACGAAUCGCUAUUGUGGGUGGCGUAUUCUCAUUACCAAGAAGCGAAAGUCAAUACAUAAAUUUUUCUCCUUUUAUUUGAGCAAAAUCAAAUUACCUCAAAUAAAGAAGUGAAAGAAAG